AUGCGAGGGAACCAGAAUCCCUACCCUUCCCACCCUCCAUCCAACAGCCAUGUUCCCACAAUCCCUUCCACCCGUCCACUGGUGGCUCUCACACCACCUCGCACCGCUUCCACCCCCCUGCCUGCUACUACCACUCCUCCUGCCACGACCCGUAAUUCUUACACUAUCUCCUCUGACCAUCUUUAUAGCUUCCAAUCAGCCAUUGAUAGCCUCCAGCAGCAGAGUGAAGAGACGCAGCAUACCAUGGCCGAGAUAGCCCGCACACUAUCCUUCCAGACACAACAAUUUGCAGCAUUCCGCAACCAUGUCAUGUCACAUUGGGAUAACCCUCCACCACCACCCCUCAGCUCUUCACCACUACCAUCUACUUCUAUUGGAGCCUGCUCCCCUGCCUUGGGUCGCCCUCACUCCCCUGGCUCUGCAUCCCACACCAACCUCACCUUUGGCUCUUUCCAACACACGCCCAGCACUCCAACGAUGUCCACUACUCGUCCUAUAGCCACAACAUUCAUCCCUCCGCAGAGAGACAGCCACUACACACCCCACCCCCACAUGAGCAGCCGCCCCACCUUCACAUCAUUUCCACAUGAUUUCCAACCAACACCACCAUCUCCACCUCCAAAUUUUCCACCUUUCUAUGAUCUUGAACCACCACAACACUGA